AUGAGCAUAAUACCCGAUUGUUAUAUCCCUCCACUACGGUUCAACUCGAUCCAACCGAACCUUUAUCGAGGCGCAUACCCGCGCUCACCAAACUUUAAUUUCCUAGCGACACUCAACCUACAAACCAUAAUCUCCCUCACACCAGAACCAAUCACACCAGCAACCGACCCGCAAUUGCAUGCAUGGGCCCAGCUGAACCAAAUCCGGCUCAUUCACCUAGAGUGCGCCAGUGGAGGCAAGGGCAAAAAGCGAAGUACACCACUUGAUUACGAUACCGCGAUUCACGCUCUCAAUAUCAUCAUCCAUCAACUGAACCUGCCUAUUUUUAUCCAUUGCUUAAACGGAGGACAAAUCACAAGUUUGCUUGUGGCGUGCUUGCGCAAGUUGCAGUUUUGGUCGGCGAUUUCCAUAUUUAACGAGUUCAUCAAUUUCACUACAAACAUCACCGUUAAUGACCGGUUGUUUGUGGAGAAUUUCGGCGGCGUGGUGGAGAUCAAUUACGACGACAAGGUCCCCUGGUUAUGGGUUGGUGUUAGUAAACACUUGGUGAAUAGUCACCCUAAAUUGAAAGUGAGGGACGUGAGUAGCAUUAAUAGCAGGAAAAAAGCUGAUGAGAGGAUUUCCACUGAAGAAGAAAUGGUAGACCCAUUGGAUGAAUGA